UGGACUCUUAUUUGACCUGACAAUAUCUUUGGAUCUUUGGGCCCUUUAGCUCUCGGAACCAGACUUUGUACACAACCAAAGAAGUGGAGUCUGGAUGCUACAUCGCGGUCCAGAGGCGGCUUAGCUUUGCAGCCUGUCGUCCACUUCAAGCUAAGCAUGCUAAGGCUUUACUUAAGAACAUGAUGGCUGUACCAUCACUGCAGAGACACCUGAAGAUUUUCCUUCAGAGGGGAUCCGCACGCUGGCUGCAGAAAGCUCCUGUACAAGCACAGGGCACACCACAGAUUUAUACACCUGGACGUCAGUUCCUGCGGCAAUUUCAAACAAGUUUUAGAUGUGGGAUAUGUAGUCAGGAGGCUGGCUCAAAUGUUGGUGUGAGGUGUGCCAAGCUGGAAGGCAGGGGCUUGGUGCGGUUGGAGGGGCCAGAUGCGACUGAACUCCUCCAGGGGUUGGUGACCAACGACACGGGAGUGAUGUGGGGCGACAGUAGGGUGAUGUACUCCUUGUUUCUGAACACACAGGGAAGAAUCCUGUUUGACGUGAUGUGUUACCGCGUGUCUGCAGAUACCUCUGAACAGCCAAGCUUUCUGCUGGAGUGUGACGCAGAGGUCCAGGAGAAACUUACCAGACACUUGAAGAUGUACAGAGUCAGGAAGAAGGCUGAAAUAUCCACCGCAGAUGACCAACUCCAGACCUGGGCCGUCUUUAGUAAUAAUACUGUAGACACACUCCUCUUGCCUAUUUCAAAGACGCAGACGACAAACUGCGACAGGUGUCCGACGGACGUGACGGACCCCAGAGUUGAGGGUUUUGGGAGGCGGGUCAUUCUACCAAAGAAUGAGUCCUUAACCCGCCUCAUCCCAAACUCUACCGAGGCUGGGGUAGACGACUACACACUGCACCGAUACCAGUGGGGAGUGCCAGAAGGGGUAAUAGACCUCCCCAUGGGGGAAUCCCUACCCCUGGAGUCCAACUUGGCAUUCAUGAAUGGAGUGAGUUUCAGCAAAGGCUGUUACUUGGGACAAGAGUUGACGGCGCGAACCCACUACACAGGGGUGACCAGGAAGAGAAUCAUGCCUAUUGAGAUACUAAGUCAUGGGAGCUCUCCGCCAGACGUAGGAGCCAAGAUCAUAUCAGAGGCUGGGAAGAAUAUUGGGAAAUUGCGCAGUUACCUUGGCAACCGAGGUCUGGCGUUACUACGAGUGGCACAGUGCAAAGACAAGAAACUUCUAGUCAUAGGCGAAGACGGUAGCAGAAUGGAACUAGCUGCCUUGAUUCCCACAUGGUGGCCCCAGGAACAGGAAGAGCUGAGAGAUUAAAGUCAAGAUGUCAAAAAUGUCUCGACUUUUCAAGCCAUAUGGAGAGUUUUGUGCUUAAGUUGCAGGCCUGUAAAUAGGCCCCAAAUUGCCUGGGAAGUCCAAAUCACUAUUUGCAUGCCCUCAAAUUCUCUGUCAUUGGAGGGUUUUGUAGCCCAUUCAGUUGAGGAUUUGUAAAACUGAAAGGUGGAGGUUCUGCACAGGACUUUGAGCUUGUGUUUCUGUGAAAUUUAGAUGAAAUUUCGCCCUAAAAUUGCUCUAUUUUGCAGUGGCAUGGAAAAAUGGCGAUGGACUUCCGACUACAUUUAGGAGUGAUCAUCUUUGGAGUACAUUUAACUCGAAAGUCAUCGAUAACCCCCCAAAAAUUUGAACCUAAAGUGAAGGAUGAUGAAAUAAGCUUUAGUUUGAUAGUGUCUCGGGACACCUCACAGAGUUGUAUUUUUCCUGAUUUUUUUAAGUGAGGGCAUUUAUCAUUGGGGUCUAUGGCAAUUUAUUUACUGGUCUGCAACCCUAAAAGCAAAACUUAGGUUAGGGACUCUGUGUGAAAAGUGGAUUGCGCUUUGCGACGACUUUCUAGAGCCCCAGCAGAAGGGACACACGGCAUGCUUAUAGUGGUUAAUGCGCGUAUGUCACAAAGUACACGCGACUCAUUUUAUUCUAAAUGGUACAAACCUGUAGCAUGUUCACGUGAGUGUCAGGCGUUGUCAGCAAUGCAUUCAAAUGUCUCUCCCAGUGGUCUCCCCCAACUCGCCUUUUGUAACCGUUGAGGGGGUACUUGUGCACAGAGACCAUUGUUCAAGCAUGAAUAAAAGAUGUUUUGUUUGAAACAAAGUAAAUUCUUCACAAACUACAGUACAUCUAGAACCACUGUUUUGCUUUAUGUGUUGUGCCAAAAUAUUUCUACCCAUAAAAUUGACUUUUGUAUUAUUCACAGCUGCGGCCAUUUUCAGAUUACCAGCCAAAGCGUUUGGGAUUUGUCUGGUUGUCACAUUUAUUAAAGAUCUCUGUUCUAUUUUCGAGUUUCACCCUGAACUAUUUGUUUUCCUCAAUUGCUAUUUUUCUUGCAAUUAAAAAGAUUUUAACUAUUGAAUGAGACAUCCACCGGAAAAGUCAUUUUUAAUUAAUGAUACUUGAAUGGCAACUAAUGAUGUUCAGCAAUUACAGGGACUGGAAAGUCACAUUUUGAACAAUAAAUUUAUUGAGUGAUCCAAUUGUGGCCGCUUUAAAAUGGAUAAUUUUUUUGGGACCGGAAAUCUGCUUGUGCGAAAAAGCAACCGAUAUAACUCUAUAUACAGUGAAAUCUCGAUAAGUCAAACCUCAAGGGAACAGGUUCAAAAUUUGACUUAAGCAGAGUUUGGAGUUAAGCAGGGUUGUAUAUCUUUGUUACACUACUGAAGGGAAUGGAUUCUUUGUUUGACUUAACAGUUGUUUUGAGUUAUCAGAGUUUGACUUAUCGAGACUUCACUGUAAAAGUUUUUUUUUUCAGAGGUAAGCAGAUACCCAACAGGUAAAAGCAUUUGUUCCAAUAAAAAAGUCAAAAAGGUCAAAUUUGAUGUAUUAUCAGAUAUUUGUUCAAUGUGGGAACUUUUUUCUGAUCAAAGAUCCCAAAAUCAUGAAUUUUUCAUGGUUACUCAAACUGACAACAAAUUGAUUUUGUUUUGCAAAUUACAGGUUUUGAUUUUGAGACUGAAUAUUUAUUUUUUAAAUUUUCAAAUUGUACAUAUAUUAUAUUGAACAUUGUACGUCAGCAUAUUGAACAUUAAAAAGAAGCUUUAAAUA